AUGUCAAAGCCAGACUCACUGGUUGCGAGAAUUUUAAAGGCCAGGUACUACAAUAGGAAGAGGUUCAUUGAAGCUGAGAAGGGCAAUAAUCCAAAUUUCACUUGGAAGAGCAUUUGGGGUGCAAAAGAGGUGCUGGAUUUGGGUGGUUUAUGGAAAGUUGGUACAGGCAGGAAUAUCAAAAUUUGGGAAGAUACAUGGCUUCCUAAUCAAAACGGGUUCAAGGUCUGGAGCCCCAGAACUUGUUUUGAGCAGGAAGCUACAGUGGAUAACCUGAUCAACCAGGAAGAGAAUACAUGGAAGCAAACGCUAAUUCUACAAAUUUUUCUACCUUUUAAAGCAAACCAAAUUCUCGCACUCCCUAUUGACAUGCAGAGACAAGAUGAUAGAUUUUAUUGGAAGUUCAGCAAGAAAGGAGAAUAUGAGGUUAAGACUACUUACCACAUAAUUAGAGCUCACAACCGAAGCCAACAACUAGGUACCUGUCCGAAAAACCAAGAAAAGGAGAAGUGGAAACAACUGUGGAAGAUGAAAAUUCCUCCAAGAUCUCUGAAUUUUAUGUGGAGGUUAAUGCACAACUCUCUGUCAAAAAAGACAAAUAUUCAGAGGAGAGGAAUUAAUUGUGACCUGAUCUGUUCUAGGUACUCAAUGAGUAGAGAAGAAAGUGAAGCUCACCUUUUCAGAGAUUGUGACUGGGAAUCUCGUUUUUUGUUCGUGUCACCUUUUAACCUCCAAACAAAAGCUGCCGCUGGAAUGCCGUUGCUAAAAUGGGUAUCGACAAUUCUAAACCAAAUUGAAAAUGAGAGAAAGGGGCUGUUCAUUUGUUGCUUGCAUGGCCUAUGGCAUAGUAGAAACAAACUCCUCUUUGAGAACGAAAAUUUGCACCGGAAACAAUUUUGGAGAGAGCAGCCAUCUCUUUUGCAGAAGCUCUGCGUCCAACAAAUUCAUCACCAUCGAUUCAAGAGCCACCUCCAGACAGUCAAAGUCUGA